AUGGCCUCCCGCGGCUCAAAGAUCGCCCUCGCGAGCACGUCCCUCUUCGCCGUCUCGACCAUCAUCCUCGUCCACUUCCAGCAAAAGGCCGAGCAAUCCGCAAUGCACCAGGGCGUCGUCCGCGACAUGGAGCAGCAGCGCAUCAAGCGCGAGAGGCAGCUCGACUUCGACCUCCAGAAACAGCUCGAGGCCGAGUACAGGCAGGAGCAGAACGUGCGCAGCUCCGUCGAGAACAUCCCGCCGGCGCAGGGUGGUCUGAAGAGGUAG